GAAGAAGAAGAUAGUGUUAGGAAACGCACUUCCGGUUAGCUUCCUGGUUGUCAUGUUUGAAGUCUAGUUAUUAGUUAGUUAUUCAGAAACGAGUCGCCUAUUAACAACACAGACAGUGACAUUACCAGAACUUUCUGUAAGCAAAAGACAAGUUGAAAUGGGCACGAACAAACGAACAGUGUGGCUAACGACAAACUGACUUGGCUAAUUUAGCUCGCACUUCUGGCUGAUAAUCUGGUUUUCCCUGCUUGGUUGGUAAUGGAGAAGCUAAUAACCAAGCUCACGGAGAAGCAUGUCGUUUUCACGGCUUCCUUCGCUAUACGGCUGGCUUUGGUCGCUUACGGAGACUACCAGGAUAGAACUAUGGUGGUGAAGUACACAGACAUUGACUACCAUGUGUUCACAGAUGCUGCAAGAUUCAUUACUGAGGGGCAGUCUCCGUACAGCAGAUCAACGUAUCGCUACACCCCUCUCCUGGCCUGGAUGCUCACCCCUAACGUCUAUCUCAGCAUGGCAUUCGGCAAGAUCCUUUUCAUUGUGUGUGACGUGCUGUCAGGACUGCUCAUAUACAGAAUCCUCCGUCUGAGAGGUCUGAGCUCUGAGACUGCACGUCGUGUUUGUUCUCUGUGGCUCCUCAACCCACUGCCCAUGGGAGUGUCCAGUCGAGGAAAUGCGGAGUCAAUCCUGGCAGCCCUGGUGCUGGGGACAUUACUCUGUAUGGAAGCCCGGCACCUGACACAGGCAGCCAUACUCUAUGGUCUGUCAGUACAUAUGAAAAUCUACCCCAUUACGUAUGCUCUGCCCAUCGCUCUGAUCCUGCGCACACCAGAGGCCACAUCAGCGGAGGACAACAAGAGGUGGAGGAGCUUCGUUGGGUUCAUGGGAAGCUUCCUCAACCGAGAGCUGUUCCUCUUUGCAAGUGUGGCUGGAGGAGUCUUCUGUAUGCUUACAGCACUCUUUUAUUACAUGUAUGGCUGGGAGUUUCUUCACGAGACGUACUUGUACCAUCUGACCAGAAGGGACAUCAGGCACAACUUCUCUCCAUACUUCUAUAUGCUCUACCUUACUGCAGACAGCAGAUGGAGCCAGUGGCUUGGCCUGGCAGCAUUCCUGCCACAGCUCAUCCUGCUCCUGGUGGCAUCGUGGGCCUUUCACUCCGACCUGGCCUUCUGCUGUUUCCUACACACCGCCAUUUUUGUCUCUUUUAACAAAGUCUGCACUUCACAGUACUUUCUGUGGUACCUGUGUCUUCUUCCUCUGGUCAUCCCACGCCUGAGUCUGUCGCUAAAACAGGGAGUGGGAUUGCUGCUCCUUUGGUUUGUUGGACAGGGUAUCUGGUUGGCUCCAGCCUACCUCCUGGAGUUUGAAGGCUACAACACCUUCCUGUUGAUCUGGCUUGCUGGUUUGCUUUUCUUGAUCAUCAACUCCUUCAUCUUAAUUCAGAUCGUCACCCAUUACAGACCAUCACAAACCACACAGAGACUGAAGGUUGACUGACAUUCAGUAAUUUUAACUGAAGAUGAUGAACUGUGGAUGCGUGUUUAAAAAAUAAAGUGUGUAUUUUGUUAUA